AUGUCUCAAAUACUCAGAAAUACGCAAUUAUUCGAACCCGUUUCUUCAAUAAUUCCCGCAAAUAUACUAACAGCUAACUUGGUAGAAACCACAAGAGAUGACGAUGAGCUAAUGGAAGAUGUUAACAUUGAACAAAACUUUUUAAACAUGAACAUUCGAGAUAAUAAUGAGUUUGAUCAAAGGAUUGGCGGGCUUUACCUCGUACAUAGUUUAUCCUCUCUUACAGCUAAACUUAUUGUAUUAUUCUCUUUAAAAAACACUAUAAUAACUUGUCGAACAUUCUUGACCGGGAUAAACUUGAAUGCAUAA